AUGACUAAAACAGUUACUAUGAAGUAUUUGAGUUUAUUCGUUCUAGUAUUCCAGAAUCUGUUGUAUAUCUUGUGUAUGCGUCAUGCAAGAUCACGCACAACCGAAGUCUUUAUCCCCUCAUCUAUGGUGAUAAUGAGUGAAUGUUUAAAACUUUUAACAUGUCUCUGUGUACUAAGCAUUACUGGAGAUUUGAAGCGAACAUUUAGAUUGUUACAACGUAAUCCACUCGAUGUUUCAAUGACCUUUAUACCUGCCAUAAUAUAUGUGAUUCAAAACCGCCUGUUAAUAGCAGCUUUAAGUAAUUUGGAUGCAGUUACAUUUCAGGUGGCGUACCAAUUAAAAUUGUUUACGACAGCGCUAUUCAGUAUGCUUAUUCUUCGAAAACCGGUUAGUGGAAUGCAAUGGUUUGCAUUGGUUUUACUGUUUAUUGGUGUUGCUGUAGUAGAGUCACCUGCCAACACCAGUAAAUCUGCUCAGCCACCAGUGGCACACAACCCUCCUUUUGGACUAUUCUGCGUUGUCUGUGCCUCAAUACUUUCUGGUUUGGGAUGUGUAUUUUUUGAAAUGCUUUUGAAAGGUACAACUAAAUCUCUAUGGCAGCGUAAUAUUGAACUAGCUUUUGCUUCAAUUAUCACAGGUAUACCUGUACAGCUUCUUACUGAUUGGAACGAUAUUACACAAAAAGGAUACUUUUAUGGUUUCAAUUGGUUUGUUUGGGUAGUUGUAUGUCUACACUCUUUUGGUGGCUUGUUAGUUGCUCUAGUUGUCAAAUAUGCCAAUAAUAUUCUUAAGGCAUUUGCUUGUUGUGUCUCAAUUGUACUGUCCUGUGCAAUUUCUGUCAUCUUUCUUGAGAUGCAGUUGACCAGUAGUUUUAUGAUCGGUGCGUUAGCAGUCAUCGUAUCAUCUGUCCUGUAUGCAAUCUUUCCUCCACAAGUGAAUGUAUAG